AAAAUGUCCAUCUCAAACGCCAGUGCAAUAGCAGAAUUCAUUCUCCUGGGGCUCACAGACCGGCCUGAACUCCAACUUCUCCUCUUUGUGCUGUUUCUGGUUUUGUAUCUUGUCACCCUCUCGGGCAACCUGGGCAUGAUGCUGUUGAUCAGACUGGACUCUCGCCUCCACACACCCAUGUACUUCUUCCUCACUAAUUUGGCCUUUGUGGACUUGUGUUACACCUCAAAUGCAACCCCGCAGAUGUUGACUAAUUUCUUAUCGGAGAAGAAGACCAUCACCUUUGUUGGCUGCUUUACGCAAUGUUACAUUUUCAUUGCGCUUCUCCUCACUGAGUUUUACAUGCUGGCGGCAAUGGCCUAUGACCGCUACGUGGCCAUAUGUAACCCUCUGCGCUAUAGUAUGAAAAUGUCCAGGCGUAUCUGCCUCUGUUUGGCCACACUGCCUUAUGUCUAUGGCUUCUCAGAUGGGCUGUUCCAGGCCAUCCUGACCUUCCGCUUGAACUUCUGUAGAUCCAAUGUCAUCAACCACUUCUACUGUGCUGACCCACCGCUGAUUAAGCUUUCUUGCUCUGAUACGUAUGUCAAAGAGCAUGCCAUGCUCAUAUCAGCUGGCUUCAAUCUCUCCAACUCCCUCUGCAUCAUCCUGGUGUCCUAUGCCUUCAUUAUUGGUGCCAUCCUCCGGAUCAAAUCGGCAGAGGGCAGGCGCAAGGCAUUCUCCACCUGUGGCUCCCACGUGAUGGCUGUGACCCUCUUUUAUGGGACGCUCUUCUGCAUGUAUGUAAGACCACCAACAGAUAAGACUGUAGAGGAAUCCAAAAUAAUAGCUGUCUUCUACACUUUUGUAAGUCCGGUGCUUAAUCCAUUGAUAUACAGUCUGCGGAACAAGGAUGUAAAGCAAGCCUUGAAAAAUGUCCUCAGAGGAAAUAGGUCGCUAAGAUGGGACUGA